CCCAGUCCGGCAGCUUCUCCGCUGCUGGCGGCACCGCUCUGGCUGUUCUCCGUCCUGGGCUGGCGCGCGUCUGAAGUGUGGAGCCCGAGGCUCGCCUCCCUGAUGGCGGAUUGGCCGCAGGUGCACAGGGGAAGUUGAGCCGCGGCGGACGUGUAGACGGAGGCGGAUCGUUGCUCGGAGCGUUCACGGUGUCGCUGAGGUGACGACCAGAAGGCUGAUUGAUCAUGGCUGCAGGAGCCUCUCCAAACACAAAGCUCUGCUGAUGAAACAGCUCGCUGGAGUGUCUGACUCUGUUGACCUUGUGUGACCUUAACAAGCUUUCCUGCUAGGAGUGAUGUGUGGCAGCCAGCGCUGGUGAUGGAGGAGGCUGCCAGUCAGCUGGAGAGAGCGCACGUGCACAGUGUGUACGACAGGAUCGCUCCGUACUUCAACGACAGCCGCUACAAAGCCUGGCCCAAGGUGCGGCAGUUCCUGCUGGACCUGGAGCCCGGCAGCAUCGUCGCCGAUGUCGGCUGUGGCAAUGGCAAGUAUCUCCACAUCAACAAGGAGGUGUUCAAGCUGGGAAGUGACGUCUGUCGCCCCCUGGUGGACUCCGCUUGGAGCCAAGGGCACGAGGUUCAGAUGUGCGACGGGCUGCGGUUGCCUUACCGAGACGGAUGCUUCGACGCCGUCCUCUCCAUCGCAGUCAUCCAUCAUUUGUCCACCAAAGAACGGCGUAUUCGAGCAAUAAAAGAAAUGGCUCGCACGCUGCGGGCAGGCGGCCGCAUCAUGAUCUACGUCUGGGCCAUGGAGCAGAAGCGCCGCAAGUUUGAGAAGCAGGACGUCUUUGUCCCCUGGAACCCGGUUCCUUACUCGCCCGCCCGGCAGACCGGCAAACCCCGGCGGCGGGUGGCGGCUCAGAGCGCCAGCGAAGCCGUCGACAAUGCCGACAAGCACAGGAAGGUCAGAAGCACAUCGUCGGUGGCCGACGAAGAGGAGGCCAGCUGCCCGAGGCCUCAGACCCGAACACAGAGACAGUGGUUCUUCUCCAGGUCUCUUGAUUCGGUGUUUGAUUUUGGAAGCUUGUCCCUCUCCAGGUCCACGUCCAGAGAGUUGAGCAGCAUUUCCCCCACUGGAGACAGUGAGGGCUUCAAAGCCAGUUUGCGAGGAAGAGGCAAAAUCCUCAUAAAGCAGUUCUCCAGCUUCUUCUCUCCCCCGCCCGUGAUCGGAUCAGAGGAGGACGUCUUCCACCCGGAAACAGAUCUGCACAAGCAACACGACUCUGGUACGGCCAUGAAUGGGAACCUCCCUGUCGCUCUGUUGGAGGAGUGCAGCACUUUGGCUCUGCCCGAUCUGAUCCCCCACCAGGGGGAGCGUGCGAGGCAGCAGAGCGAGCCGCAGGAAAGCACACAGGUGGAAGGGACCUGCCUGAGGUACUAUCAUGUCUUCAGGGAGGGGGAGCUGGCCCGUCUGAUCCAGGACCACGUGGAAGAGCUUCAUGUGAAAGAUGCUUAUUUCGAUCACGCUAACUGGUGCGUGAUCGCGGAGAAAGUCCAGCCAGAUUUUUAGAUCGGAUCAGGCAACAUCUCUGCCUCAUGUUUUAGCACUGAAUCACUCCAUGCUGUGAUGUUUUUCUUAACUUAUUUAAGUGACACCACUGAAACAUUUUACAUCCCGUCAAACAAGCAGUGACAUGGUGUUUUGUUUUAUGGUCUUUUUUUUAAACCAUCUGUGGUGACACUGGACUUUUACAAAUGGAUUCCUCUCUCUUCCAAAGUUUACAACUGUGUUGUGCAUGUAUCUCACACAUGAAUGUGCAGCUACACGUCUGUCAUGUGAACACUUGAUGUCUGUGCCGCUUAGUCGUGACAAAAUACUCCACCAUUUCAGCGAAAUAACUGCCUCAUGAACUGUGAAUCAAAGGUUGCACUGUGCUGCUGCUCGAUGUCGGCAUCGCUGACAUUUUAAACCCAGGAGGAAACUUGAAACAUGUCGUGUGUCCGUCGUGCCAAGGGAAGUGUGUGUCCCUGUCGCUCUGUGAAACGUCAGUGUUUGUGACUUGUGUUGGACUGUAAAUACCUUUAAAUCCUGAUUUAUUCAGCCAUUUUAUUCAUCAUUGUCGUUUUGUUUUUCAUAAUAAA